AAGCACUUCAAAUAAAUUAGAUUUAGGUAUGUAUAGGAAUUCCAAUCAAAAUGCUAAGUGUCUACCAGCAAAACUCUCUCUCUCUCUCUCUCUCUCUCUCUUCUAGUAUUUUAAAGCUUUGUGGAAAAAGGUAUUUCCUUCCUUAUAUAGCACAAACAUUUACUUCCCAUCAGUGAGGUUUUUAUCCUUUUUUUUGGCUAUCUGGCACAAAUUUCAUAAUCCACCAACAAGGGGGAGAGACUUAAAUCUUCUCUGAUGGAACAACUAAGGAAGGAGCCAUGUCCCUCUGAGACCUCAACCAUCAUCAUCUCUACACCAGAGGCUGCUUCAUGUCCAGAUAAGCCAUCCCAAAGCCCAAAAGAGAUCAAUCUAGAAGAAGAAGAAGAAGAAGAAGAAGAAGAAGAAGAAGAUCAUGAAAAAAAGACAAAGGUAGAUCUCUUAUUUAAUCUGGAGCUCCAUAGUAAGGAUGCUGCUGAUCAUGGAUUCAAUACAGAACUCAAUCUUAUCGAUUGCUUGAACACGGAUUCAUCUCAAACAUCCUCAGAAAUUCCCCAGUCUGCUGAUGCUGAACCACGAGUUUUCUCAUGCAACUAUUGUCAAAGAAAAUUCUAUAGUUCACAGGCACUAGGGAGACACCAAAACGCCCAUAAGAGGGAGAGGACCCUAGCCAAGAGAGGACAAAGGUUAGGUGCACCGAUGGUUGCUGCAGCCACAGCUUUUGGGCAUCCUUACUUCCAUCAUCAGCAUUAUUCUAGCAUGGCAUCUCUUCCUCUCCAUGGUGCUUACAAUAGAUCGCUUGGGAUUCAGGUUCACUCGAUGAUCCAUAAGCCUUCUCUCACAACACCUUCUUCAUUGUGAAAUCUAGGUUGUGAUGAUUUAGUUAUUACCUAAAAUCCAGAAUUUACAGUAGAUACAUCUGACACAUGCUUAUAAACUAGGUUAUUAACAAAUUUUUUAACA